AUGGCAAAGAGGAGGGCCUCUGGCCCUGAGGAGCAGGCAUAUAAACGUGCCAAAUCUGAGGAAAGUGACGAUACUGCUACCCCUACGCCUUUAGCACAAAUUCCGGACACUGGCGACGACAAUGGGCCGUCAGAAUAUGAAAUACUGGCCAGCUACAGAGACUUAUACAGCAACAUCGGGAAGGAUAGAGUAGAAGCCACUCGAAGUGGGGACAUUGGAACUGCAUUGGAGCGUUUGAAAGCUGCUGAUAAGUUGUUCGAAAGACUAGAAGUGGUAAGCACCCAUAAAAACUCUUUGUUCGAGCAGGACUCAAGGACGGUUUUGGGGGUUAGUGAACUUGCAGAGCUCAGUGUUCGUAAUAUGAAACUGGAUAACUCGCAGAUGGUUGUAAACAGAGCUGACAUAGUGGGAUACGCGAAACGAUACAUGUUACAUGAAUACUUCGAACGAAAUGACAUCGACCAAGGUCAUCAAGCAGCACGACAAAGAGUUGACAGUGACGAGAGUGAAAUCAGCGAGUUUGUGCAGCAUGGACAAGAGCGGGAGAAUUUGCAGCGCUUUGAACAAUACGACCGGUUUGCGCAAUUCAAUUGGUUCAAGCUCGGCAUGCUGUACCAAACCAAGUCCAGGGCGCCGGCCGUCGUGGAUCAUCUUCUGGGACCGUUCGCAGCAGAAAAGAAAAUACGCACAUUCACACAAGGUACCAGAGCAGCAGCUGAUCCUGUCGGUACUACAGCAACGGCACAGAGGGUCAGUAAAGAAGCGCUUGGUGCCACGCAAGAAAAAACAACACCAGGGCAGGUGAAAAAAUGCUACAAAACGUUGAUCAAUAGGAAAGGUCACAAUCAAAUUGGACUGUUUCAGUUUGUGAUUGACCCCAAAUCUUUUGCAAGAUCCGUUGAAAACCUUUUCUACACUAGUUUUCUCAUAAAAGAGGGCAAAGUUGUUCUUGAAGAAGAUAAAGAUGGGUUUCCAGCGAUUCGCGCAGCAAGCAAUAAUCCUGGGGAAUCGGGCGAUGCCAGACACGCAAACAGUGACGCUCGACAAAACCAUCUCAUCUUUCAGAUGGACAUGUCCACUUGGAAGCAACUGAUACACAGGUUUGAUAUAAAAGGUUCAUUCAUUCCCUAG